CAUCGUUGACACCGCACGUGGAGGACAGCCAUCUAACGAAAAUAGAGAAGACGGAAUUAAAUCUAUUAAAGUACUCCAGGAUAGAAAAUAAAUAACCAUGGAAGUAGAUACUAUAAAUGUGGAUAUCUUUGGGCCCACCAAGAAGGCAAAAAAGCGCAACGCUAAUGUAACUGAUCAAGAUGUGGAAAUGCAGGUGGAUGCUGCCACGGGGAUCGAGGGCAAGGAACGUUCUAGCCACGGACAGGCGCCGAAAGCCAAGCGUAUACGCAGCGAGAUGCGCAAGGUGGCCGUGCCGCCACACAGAUACAGCUCACUCAAGGAGCAAUGGAUGAAAAUCUUUACGCCGGUGGUGGAGCACAUGAAACUGCAAAUACGCUUCAACGUAAAGACACGCCAAGUGGAGCUGCGCGUUGGCCCCGAAACUCCAGAUAUAUCCAAUCUGCAAAAGGGCGCAGACUUCGUCAAGGCCUUCCUAUGCGGCUUCGACGUUGACGAUGCUCUGGCUUUGCUCCGACUGGAGGAUCUCUUCAUAGAGACCUUUGAGAUCCGAGACGUGAAAACGCUGCGCGGCGACCAUCAAUCCCGUGCCAUUGGCCGUCUUGCUGGCAAGGGUGGACGAACGAAAUUCACCAUCGAGAAUGUGACCAAAACCCGAAUUGUGCUCGCCGACAGCAAGAUCCAUAUUCUGGGCAGCUAUAAGAACAUUCAGCUGGCACGUCGCGCCAUUUGCAACUUGAUCCUCGGCUCGCCACCAAGCAAGGUUUAUGGCAAUCUGCGCGCCGUUGCCUCUCGCCUCUCGGAGCGCAUGUAAAGGCUGUGAUCAUAGGGCUACAGUGGAAGGACCUACCAUAGACCUAGACUAUAAUUA